GGAGAUACUCUAAUUAAGUUCCAGCCUGGGUGGGCAUGCACGAUGUCUGAUUCAGGCCCCUGUGAUGGUCCUUGUUGUAAACGCUCCCUCUGCUGGACCCUGGCAGGGCCGAGGAGCCCUGUGGUCACAUGAGAGGCCCGGCGGAGUCACAGCRAGCCAGGACGCUAUUCUUAGACGAAGGAAUGUACACAGCAGCCUCAUGGCAAUCUCCACAACACCUAACGGGAAAACUUUGUCAGUUCUAUGACAUUUUGCUUCUCCGAUGCAUGCCUGGAUCAUGCUUUUAUUCUUUUUUCAUUGUUUUAAUUAUUUUCCCACCAGCUGACCACACACUGUGGGUAAUACUGAGUGUCUGAGGGCAGGAGGAUGGCUGUCAGGCGACAGGAUAUUUUCUUUUUUAAAGACUCAGAGCUUCCCUGCCACCUGCUCGGUCAGCUCAACAUCCUGCGGCAGGAGCGCAUCCUGACUGACGUGCUGCUCUGCACCGAGCACCAGGAGAUCCCCUGCCACAGGAACGUCCUGGUGUCCAGCAGCCCGUACUUCCGCGCCAUGUUCUGCAACAACUUCCUGGAGAGCAGCCAGGCCCGCGUGAGCCUGAAGGGAAUCUCUCCCAACGUGCUCGCCGGCAUCGUGGACUAUGUCUACACGGGCUGCAUCACCAUCACCAUGGAGAUCGUGCUCCCGCUCAUGCAGGCGGCGUCCAUGCUUCACUACGGAGGUCUCUUUGAGGCCUGCUCCAUGUUCCUCCAGGACCAGUUGAGUCCUGAGAACUGCCUGAGCAUGAUCCGGCUCUCUGAGAUCCUGCACUGUGAGAGUCUGAGAGACCGGGCRAAGGAGCUGGCCGUCCGGUGUUUCUCUGACGUCGCCGCCACCGAGGAUUUCUGUGAGCUGUCUCUCCCCGAGCUCAUGUGCUACCUGGAGGAUGACCGUCUUUGUGCUGAAGAGGAGCAAGUGUUUGAAACCCUCCUGGCGUGGAUCCACCAUGACCCGUUCUCGCGGAGCGGCGCCAUCCACGAUCUCUUCAAGAAAGUGCGUCUGCGCUUCAUCCAUCCAACCUACCUCUUCCAGUUUAUCGCCAACGACCCGUUGGUGCAGUCCUCCACCCUUUGCACGGAGAUAAUCGAGUCGGUGCGUCGCCUCAUGCUCACAGCCAGCACAAAAUGUAGCCGCGAACUGAAGCCCCUCUGGACCACGCCUAGACGUUACACUUGCAGAGAAACGCUGGUGGUUGUGGGAGGACGCAAAAACAAUGAGCAGACGUCACGAGAAGCUCUGCUGUACGACGAAAGGACUCAUCGUUGGCAGUGGUUGGCCAAGCUUCCUCUGCGCCUGUACAAAGCGGCGUACGUGUGCAUUCACAGCAUCCUGUACGUCCUUGGGGGACUCAGCCUCUGCAUGGCUUCAGGUGACAGCUCAGUCAGUGCCACGGUUUACACGCUCUCCCUCAAAACCAACCAGUGGAGGACCGCCGAGCCCAUGCUGGAGCCGCGAUUCGCCCACCAAAGCGUGUCCUUUCUGCACUUCAUCUUUGUUCUAGGAGGGAUCGGGGUAGACAAGCACAUCUCUCCAUCAGUGGAGAGGUACAACAGCAUGUUUAAUCAGUGGGAGGCCAUGGCGCCAAUGCCCACAGCUGUGCUUCAUCCAGCUGUUGCAGCCAGCGAUCAAAGGAUCUAUGUUUUUGGAGGGGAGGACGCCAUGCAAAACCCAGUGAGGCUCAUUCAGGUGUAUCACAUUUCUCGCAACCUCUGGUCCAGGCYGGAGACGAGAACAGUGAAAAAUGUUUGUGCUCCGGCUGCUGUCAUAGAGGACAAGAUCUACAUCAUAGGAGGUUAUACCCGAAGAAUGAUUGCAUAUGACACCAAAGCCAACAAGUUUGUGAAGUGUGAAAACCUGAAGGAGCGAAGGAUGCACCACAGUGCUACUGUCAUCAACAACAAGCUCUACGUCACCGGUGGACGCAUCCUCAACGGCCAUGAUGUCAUCGAGGACUCGGACUGUUUCGAGUGCUACGACCCAAAAACAGACGUUUGGACUUCGAAAGGUUCUCUGCCRUACAAGCUGUUUGACCACGGCUCUCUGCCACUCGUCUGUGUCUCCAACAGGCCCAACCCACCGUGACCCACAACUCGAUCAGCCACUUUGGAGCCGAAGCUUCGGGGUGCGUUCUCCACCUCGUCUUUGCUUUGACAUGUUGGUUUUCACCCACAUCAGCAGAGAACCAUUUCAGACUGAAGCUCAGUCUCUCAGCGGCAUGUUUGCUCCCGCUGACCUUUGUUUGGAUCAAACAGGAGCCUGUAGAGGUGUCAGCACUUUGGAAUCUGAAGUGGGAAUGUCACAGAUAACGAGAGGUAGUUUUCAAAGCUCUCUGCACUGACGUCUGCCCUCGUUUGAUGCCAGGUGUUGAAGCACUCAUUUCCCAGACAUUUACACRAAGCAUAUCACUCUGUAUGGCAGCUCCAAUUUUCUUGUCCUUUUUGUGAUUAGUUACACAUAAAGGGAGAUAUAWCUGAGCUCAGUUUGUAUUGUAAAACUGAUCAUUUGCACUUCUUAUAAAUAGUUGUAAAUAACAUUCCUUCUGAUCAGAGUGCACUCAGUGAUGGGAAAAGUCAUCACAGAGCAUAAAUGAGCUUCUACAGUGUUAAUAAAAGUACCUGUCAUCUGUCAGGUCUGAUAAAAUGCUGCGGAGAGCAACAGAGUUACUCUAACAGAACAAACUGGGCCAAAGGUAUUCAGGUUUUAGGGUUUUAUUUAUGUUUUUGUGCAGAAUUGUUUGAACAGUGUGUUCAGAAAUCAAAUAAACAAGUUAAAUCAAAGCAGCUUGGUAUAGGCAGUAUAGGCAAUUGCURAGGGCACCGUCCAUCUAGGGGGCGCUGUAGAAUAAUCACUGGUUGCUAGAGUUUUUUUUCUUUUGAUGUAACUUGUUCUGUGGGUUUCUCAACUUGCUUUGUUCCUGCACGAGGAUAUUUUGUGAUAAAAGUAUCAUAUAGGAAGGAUUUGUUCAAAUUGGAUGCCCAAAUAAUAUGCAGAAACCCGAUUAAGUUCACAGUUAAAUGUUUGUUUUCAGUUCUAAAGAUCAAAACCCUGGUCAAACCCCCUGGGGUUAGUUCCUCUUAUGUCAACAUUAGAAUGCCGUAAAUUAUUGCUGGAGUGAGAGAYUUGUUGAUUCUCUUACUUUUAAAGUAAAUAACUAAAACCAAUCRCAAAGUAUAAGAUAUGUGACAAUAUCUAAAAUAAAGUUAAUCAAACAGAAAAUAUCUAUCAGUUCCCUCUCUUGACAUAACACAAAUUAUGUCAAUAUGAUGCAGUCAAAACUACUGAUGCUUAGUGUGUAGAAAACAAAAUAAGGACAAUGGAAGUUUUAGUUAUAAUCUCAGAUAAAGUCUGGUUUUCAGUGYUCUACCUUCAUAAAAUACUGAUUUUAAGUUGUUUUAUUAAUCCAAAGAGUUUAGUAAAAUGCUCCUCACUGGCUGAAAAWUUUUGAGUAGAUAUUUUACAAAAYUUUCCAGGGAARURUACCCCUGGUUCCCCCUAGAACUGCUUCUCUCCACAGCUGCGUGUUAACACGAACAGGUGUUCCUCAUUGCUGCAGCAGAUGUUGGCAGGUAUGAGGUAGACUUCUGGUAUUCUGUUUCAAAUAAAUUAUAUUAACUAUUUUAACUGGAAAAUCUGGUUUACAGAGAURAACAAUAUSAAAGACAAAACUGUUUAAUUUGAUGUAUGAAUGUAUAUACUGUAAAUUGGCUGAGAGAUUUAGAAAACUGCACAAGGGGCACCACCUAGGGCAMYAAAUUGUCUAGGRCCAGCCCUGAGUUAAAGGUAGAACAUUUCUUUAAGGAAUGCAUAUUGCCCSCCRMCCUGYAAAUGAUGUUAUGUGCAUUAGUGACCUGCUUACURCAUACAGAUGAGCAGAUAAUCUUCAUCCUGCAGCAUGAAUUCAAAACCGUAACAUUUCAAUGACUAUCUUUAACUGACGUUCUUUCAUUCAUCCUUUCCUAAAAUGUACUAUACUUUGUUAUAAAACAUCUAAAUUCUGCUUGAUAUGAUUCUUUUAURCCUACUGAGUCAUUUUCUCCACACRUAAGAAUGUUAUUGAUGCAGACACACCAACACAUUUGCUCUCCACACACUUCCGCUAACGUGCAUUAUAUUUAACUCGUGCGUGAUGUUAUGAGAAUGCAGGGAAUAUGCUGCUUUGUGUUUCAGCCUGACUGACAGGACGACCUCUUGACCUAGCUGCAUGUGUGCUUCUUUAAACGGGGGUGUCUGGUAUGAGGAGCCCCCCACAUGCAGAGGCUAAAUAUCCGGUUACCAGAGGCCUCCCUGAGGGAGUUUAAACGGGAGAAUAUCCAGGGAUCCAAUUUCCCUUUUUAAUCUACGUCCAUUAGUGUGGGACCUGAAAGCAGAAAGCAAUGUAUGGAGUUUCUGGUAACAGGCGAUGACUAAACAAAAUGUUAUCAGGGGUUCACACUGUUUGGACUGAUCAACCCUGAACAUUUCGUUUGACACAGACUGGUUUGUGUGAUUCCUUGUUGGACGUCAGGUGCUGGGAUGAGUCACUCACAGCAGCGUUUAGGCUGAGCUGCUGCAGAACACACAGCCUGUUCGGGACAUUUAAUGACCGGGUGUUUGCUUCACUGCCUUUCAAUAGAAACCAGUGUGUGAGGGUCACCCUUCAGGGAAGCUGUGACCACGCAGGUUAUUUUCAGUGUCUGUUACUAGCUGAGCUAAGGAUGGAUUUUCAUUUGCCUAUUCUGUGUGUGGGGGACCAGAUAUGAACACAGAACACAUAUAUAAACCUGUAACGUUUACUCUAUGUAUUGUUUGUAAGAAAAUAAUUUUCCAUGAAUUUUUAAGAUUAUAUAUUAUUAAAUUGAUUGUUCUGAACUGUAAA